CCCGUCUUUGCAAGUUUAUGCGCGCCGCCGAAGAGUCCUCACACAAAAUACGACGGUAGUGGACAGAAGAUCACGGACAGUAUGAUACAAUGACCCUUUCAUUGCCACAAGAGUUUUCUAAAGCUCGCUAUUAAUCAGGAUCUAUUGUCCCUGACGUAGACAUCACCCCAGCCAUGUCUUGCAGAGACAUUCACGCCACCAACGCAUUUUCCUUCAUCAUCGCACUGCUGUCGGUAGGUGGUUUGACAGUCGCUACGCUCAUCCCUCAGUGGAGAACCACACGCCUUCUAACCUUCAACCGUAAUGCCAAAAACAUCACAGUGAAUGAUGGCCUGUGGACCAAGUGUGUGCAGCGAGAUGGUUCUUCAGGUUGUUAUUACUUUGAUGCAGACUGGUACACUAAAUUAGAUCAGCUGGACCUCAGACUGUUGCAGUUCUGUUUACCUACUGGUCUGUUGUUUUCUAGCUUGGCUCUUCUUCUCUGUCUCACUGGCAUGUGUAAAACAGCUUGCUGCUCGAAGACCCCAGAUGACAUCAAGAACAGCUGCUGCUUGGUCAACAGUUCAGGGUGCCAUCUAGUGGCUGGGAUGCUUCUUUUUCUAGGUGGGGCAAUUGCUAUGCCGCCCUCUGUCUGGUUCCUGUUCCACACACGAGACCUGAACGAACGCUAUGAUAAUCUUUUUGCAGUGGAGUUUGGGGUCUAUGUGGCCAUUGGCAGUGCUGGUGGGCUGAUGUUAGCUGCUCUGCUCAUGUUCAUGUGGUAUUGUAUGUGUAAGAAACUGCCUUCACCCUUUUGGUUGCCUCUGCCUGAGGUGCCUGAAAUGACCAACAGCCUCUCAGCGCAGCCCCUCAUGACCAAUGGCCUGCCCUCUCCUGUGACCUACGUGCCUCAGAGUUUCCCUCCCGCUGUCCUGGACGCCCCCUCUUUUGUCCCAGUGAUGGGUUAUCCUCAGCCUGUACCCACACAGCCUCUGCCACCCCAUGCCUAUAUGCCACAGAUGUCUGUGCCUGAUGGUUAUGGAUCAGAAGUUGGAGCCUCACAGGUAUAUAGUUAUGCCCCUUCUCAGGGAUACGCACCCUCACAGAGGUAUGUUGGGCACCGUUAUUCCACACGCUCCCAUAUGUCAGGCAUUGAGGUUGACAUCCCUGUCCUUACAGAGUGACAUUGUGUAGAAAUGGAGUUGAGGUGUUGACAGGGGCUCAAAGAGAUCAAACAGGCAUUGUGUGUAUUUCUUAGAAGCUGUGGUGUGGGAAUACACUUCAGGCAGAUCAGCAUGGUUUGGCUGUGAUAUUUUGGUGAAUUUAAAGUGAAGGAAAUGGUGAUAUUGAAAGAAACUCUUUUAUUCAGUUGAUGUAGCACAUGCUACUCUGUCAAAGCACUGCAAAUGUCCAAAAUGUUAUAUAUAUAUAUAUAUAUAUAUAUAUAUAUAUAUAUAUAUAUAUAUAUAUAUACACACAACAAGCAUUGUCUUUGUUUUAUUUAAACUUAAAUGGUAUCACUGAUCAAUAUUAACACUAUGUUGAUGUUAAGCACUGUUCUAAACUGUUAAUGAAUUUGUCUACUAAUCUACAUCUGAUUAGUAACAAAUAUUAGAAGAUAACCUAUAUGACUGCUUGAACAUGUCUGUAUCUUGUAUUACUGUUGAUGCCAUUAAUGUUCCUAUUUGUCUUUUGCUAAUUUUGCCAAUUCCUUUUAAAAGAAUUCACCUGUUGCUUUAUUGUUCUAAUACCUGAAUAUCAUGUUGUCCCCUGCUGUUGUUACAUAAUUGCAUGAUAUGUUUAGGCUUGUAUACUUGUAUGUAGUGUACUUGUUAAUAUGUUUAUUGUUUUUUUUUUUUACUGGAAAGAAAUUUGACAUUUUAAUUCGUAUUUUAAUUUAUUUUUUGUUUUCAUUUUCAGUUUAAUAGAAAAAACUGAAAUGGAUCAGAUAAAAGUUUAUUAGUACCCAUAUUUUAAAACUGUUAUAUUCACAAGAUUUUCGAAAACUUUUUUUUAUAUUGAAUUGUUUGAAAGUUUUAGAAAAUUACUUAAUUUGACUGUACUUUGGCUCAUUGCUCUUGUGAAUCUCAGAUGUCUUUAUUUAGCAGUUUAACCACUGUAUGAUUUAUGAAAAGGAGAAAUAGAUCUAGACAUUUUACACUUUAAGAUUUAGACUUUAUGACUAACAUGAGUAAAAAACAUUAAUGAAAUAUAUGGUAUUGCAUUCCAUUUACUCCUGUUCUUGGUAGAAGUGUUUUGGUUGUUGCCUUUUAAAGGUGCCAUACCAGAGAAGUCAUUGUAAUGUAAAUGAGAGCAUUUGAAUAUUGAAUGCUCUUGUAAUGUGUUUAUAUUUACGGGUUGUGUUGCAGUCAUUCCAUUGCAGAAAUUAAGCAUCAUGUCUGAGAAAAUCACUAAUGUCUUCAAUAACUAAUGGUUCCUCUUAUAUUGCCUAUAAAAUAUUGCACAUAGAUCAAAUUCAUUUUGCCUGUUUCUAAUAAGUUUUGUUGUAAAAAGUACUUAUUUAUAAUUAAUGUUUUUUCACAUAUCAGUGUAUAGACUACUAAUGCCUUUAAUGUUAUCUUAUAAUAAAAGAUUGA